AUGGAUUCUGACCAUAUAGAGACGGAUGCGCUGGGCCCACUUAAAGAUGGAUCAAAUAGCCAGGGUGUCUAUAUCUAUAAACCUUCUAUUCAAAACAAAAGUCAUGGAGAAAGACCCUCGAAACGGCGAAAAGUACAGUCGGAGAGGAAAGCCGAAAUAGACACUGCCUAUCCCUUCGUUCCCUUAUUGAACGGCGACGAGCCCGAACCUGCUGUCAAAUUACGACACGAAACCUACGAACAACUAUGGUCCGAGCAGGAAGCAAAGAUCCAAGAAAUUCUGGUAGAUAUCGACUCCGAUGUUUAUGAGAGAGUUUCGUCUUUUGUCAGAUCGACCUCAUUCGAGACAUAUAAAGGGUGCAUACCGGCAGCGUUGGUCACUGUCGGGUCGAAUGUUUCCUCCCUCGGUCGGCUACUUGCGCGUUUGAAUGAUCAAUUGACCUCAACAGGGGAGGGUGGUGUAGUUGUGCUGGAAUCCGGGGAUACACCUAACCUGAAAACGACCCUGAAAAACAUCAUACGUGCCGCAGUGACGAAUACGGAAGGGAAUGAUGGGUACCAGAAGUUAUUGACAGACCGAGAGGGACCAAGACUUCUAGCAUACGACCUUGACUUGCUGAGCGACUAUGCGAAAAGAAAGGGAGUCAAGAAGAUGGUGCUCGCAUUUCGAGACAGCGAAGCCUUCGAUCCCACCAUCUUGACAGACCUAUUGUUGCUACUGAACUCAUGGCUCGACAGAAUACCUUUUACUCUAUUAUUUGGUAUUUCAACUUCUGUUGAGCUUUUCGAAGGGAGACUUCCACGAUCGACUGUCGCCUUACUCAGAGGCAAAUAUUUUGAGAUUCAUGAAGCGAGCAACUGUGUCGAUCGCAUAUAUGAGCGACUGCAGGCGGAUCCGAGCGGCCGUUUCUGGCUGGGUCGCAACAUUACUGCCGUCCUAUUCGAGAGAUCGAACGAUUACUUUCAGACGCCGGAGGCGUUCAGUCGAGUGAUCAAGUAUUCUUAUAUGACCCACUUUUUUGCGAAUGCUUUGUCCGUACUUCUUGCAAACGAUUUGCCUGGGACCCUUCGGAAUGGUCCUCUUUGCGAAGCAAUCAGAAACCUUCCAUCCUUUCGAGGCUACUGUGAGCAUCUCCUUGAGGUGGGGUCGUUCGAUCAAGCUCGCAGAUUGCUGGAAGAUGACGAAUUCUUCUUCCAAGAAAUUUUGCGGCAUCUUAGAUCCGGACAGCAGAAGAUGCGUGAUAUCUUUCAGACUGUCAGAUGGAUUCAAUCAUGUCGCAGAAGUCUGAAUCUUACCAAGAGAACAGAUAUUUCGGAACUUUCCAUCCGUGCCCUAUCAGGAGACCUGCUGAACUCCUCCUCUGUGGAGGACAUGAUGACGAUCUUGAAAAGCCUGGAUUCCAAAAGGCUGGGGGACAUCUUCGCUAGUCUUCCGGAUGGCUUGACGAAAGGCCAGGAAUUUCAACAAAUCAAAGGAGACUUAGAUGCUCUAUUGCAAGAAUAUCAAGGCGCUGAACCGCUUCGAAGUGAGUAUGACAGCCGACAGUCCGUGGUGGCAAUGACCGUUGUUCAACAGCGGGUCAAACUCAGUAAGGGGAAAAACAAGGUGUCCAAACACAGCGUCGGCUACACGAGGAUCAUUGAUCGCAUUUAUCAUUUAUUAGAGGCGUAUCUUACGGAAACCCUGCUUAGGCCGCAGGACUUGUGCUUGCAUGAGGUAUUCUUCCUCGAUAUGAGGAACCCUCUGAAAGAGACAUUCGCACCGCGGCCUCGGUUCGCCAUUGAACGGGCUUUGUCAAAUCCAUUUGAUUAUCUGAUAUCGACGUCAGAGUCUUCUGAAAAGACGCUCUCUACUAAACAGCCCGCCACAGCGAUCUUGUAUCAGCUUUACCUCGAGUCUGGCUCUCUGGUUAACGUAUACGAUAUUUGGCAGGCUUUCUAUGCGGUCUUCGAAAGCGAGCAAUGUGACAGCUGCGACGAACGAAUGAUCAUGACUAUGUUCUACAGGGGUUUGUCCGAGCUCAAAGCAUUUGGCUUCGUCAAGAGCAGUCGGAAGAAGAUUGAUCAUGUGGCGAAGUCGGCCUGGAUGGGGUUAUGA